GCACCAGCAGCAGCAGCAGCAGCGCUGCCGUGUCCCCGCUGAGCGCCUUUACUGUGCGGCAGGCGGACGGAGAAGAUGGUGGACCACCUGGCCAACACGGAGAUCAACAGCCAGCGCAUCGCGGCCGUGGAGCACUGCUUCGGGGCCUCGGGGCAGCCGCUGGCCCUGCCGGGCCGGGUCCUGCUCGGGGAAGGCGUCCUGACCAAGGAGUGCCGCAAGAAGGCCAAGCCCCGCAUCUUCUUCCUCUUCAACGACAUCCUGGUGUACGGCAGCAUCGUCCUCAGCAAGCGCAAGUACAACGGCCAACGCAUCAUCCCGCUGGAGGAGGUCACCCUGGAGCUCCUGCCCGAGACGGCCGAGACCAAGAACCGCUGGCUCAUCAAGACGUCCAAGAAGUCGUUCGCCGUGUCGGCCGCCUCGCCCACGGAGCGCCGGGAGUGGAUCGGCCACAUCGAGGAGUGCGUCCGGCGCCAGCUGAGCGCCACGGGGGGCCGGCCCAGCGCCGAGCACGCGGCCCCCUGGGUCCCCGACAAGGCCACGGACACCUGCAUGCGCUGCGCCCGGACCAAGUUCUCCGCCCUGACGCGGCGCCAUCACUGCCGCAAGUGCGGCUUCGUGGUGUGCGGGGACUGUUCCCGCCACCGCUUCCUCAUGCCUCGCCUCUCCCCCAAGCCGCUCCGCGUCUGCGGGCCCUGCUACCAGCGGCUGGUGGCCGAGGGCCGGGAGGAGGCCGGGGCCGGGGGCCGGGCGGCCCGGCUCCGCUCCGACGGGGCCGCCCCCGGGGCCUCCAGCGACGACGACGACGACGACGAGAGCGACAAGUCGGACGAGGACGGGGAAGCGGGCCCGGCCGAGACCGAGUUCUACGCCUCCGGGGCCUCGUGGUCGUCCUUCCGCAGCUGACCCCGGGGCCGGCCUACCCGCCAGGUGCCCCCUCCGCCCCGGGUCUCUCUGGAGAGGCGCCCGCAACUCUUUUAGACUGUGAGCCCGCUGUUGGGGAGGGACUGUCUCUGUAUGUUGCCAACUUGUACUUCCCAAGCGCUUA